CCUCUCAGUACAGUAGAGUGUGCAUCUGAAAGCGACGCUUGCUUUGACUGUGUGUGUGCCAACGCAGCUAGAGCAGUACAACAAAGUGAUGAAUUUCCUGUGAUUAAGUGUGUUAAACUUGGUGAUAAUAAAUCGACGAACGUUUGCGUGAGUGUAAUAAGUGAAACUAAGUCAAAAUGUUCGAUGUUUUUGGCUCUGUGAAGGGCCUUUUGAAGAUCGAUGCCGUAUCCAUCGAUAACAAUGUGUUCAGACUCCAUUACAAAGCCUCGGUCGUCAUACUCGUCGCGUUCUCUUUGCUUGUGACUAGUAGGCAAUACAUUGGAGACCCCAUCGACUGCAUCGUCGAUGAAAUUCCUCCAGAUGUUAUGGACACCUACUGCUGGAUCUCGGCGACAUACACAGUGCCAAACAGGCUUACAGGACGUGUUGGAAUCGACAUUGUCCAACCAGGUGUCGCGAGUCAUGUAGACGGUAAAGACGAAGUUAAAUACCACAAAUACUACCAGUGGGUUUGCUUCGCCCUCUUCUUCCAAGCCAUGCUCUUCUAUGUUCCGAGAUACCUGUGGAAGACUUGGGAAGGGGGAAGAAUAAAGAUGCUGGUUCUUGACCUCAACGCACCCAUCGUCGACACAAAAUGCAAAACGGAAAGAAAAGAAAUCCUAGUCGACUACUUCCUUACCAAUCUCCACAUGCAGAACUUCUAUGCGUUUAGGUUCUUCAUAUGCGAAGUCCUCAACUUUAUUAACGUCGUUGGACAGAUCUUCUUCAUGGAUUACUUCUUAGGAGGCGAAUUCAGCACUUACGGAACCGACGUGUUGAGUUUUACCGAGAUGGACCCAGAACAAAGAGAAGACCCCAUGGCUAGAGUGUUUCCCAAGGUCACCAAAUGUACCUUCCACAAAUACGGUCCAUCUGGUUCAGUGCAGAAGUUUGAUGGACUUUGUGUACUACCUGUGAAUAUCGUCAACGAAAAAAUCUACGUUUUCCUUUGGUUCUGGUUUGUCAUUCUCAGUAUUGUCUCCGGAAUUGCUCUGAUAUACCGUAUGGUCGUUAUUAUGGCUCCAAAAGUCCGUCUUUAUCUAUUGAGGGCGAAAUGUCGUAUUGCUCCACAAAAGCAGAUCGAAGUCAUUGCUGAUAAUUGUGAGAUUGGCGAUUGGUUCAUUCUCUACAUGAUGGGAAAGAACAUUGACACUUUGAUCUUCAAAGAAGUCAUUUCAGAUCUAUACAAAAAAAUGGAGGGGAAAGAAACUGUUUAAAAUUCCUUUGUAUUGGAGGCCCAUUGCUCUGAGUUUUACACCGUUGAAUGUAAACAUUCAUGAAAAACAGCUUUUUAUUCAAAAUUGCAACAGGAUUUCUUUCAACUAAGAAAGGAGUAUUCUGUCUGCGGUUUAUUUUUCUUGGACAAAGGGCCUCCAAUUCUGCUAUAAACUGCCUUGCAACAAUCGUAAAAGUGCCACAUUUUGUAGUUUAAUAUUUUUAAUAUUAAUUUUGACAGAUUUUACACAACAUUCCAUAGCACAAAUUGAGGGACCAAUUUAAUGAUAUUAAGGAUUCAUAGUUCUGUGAUGGCAGUAAAGAAAAAGACUGUAAUAUUUUCCGUGGUUUUAUAAGAUAUUUCGGCACGAAAUCAAUCGACAUAAUUAUUAUAUUGAAGGAUAUUUACUAUGUAUAUAAUGUAGAAGUUUUUUUAGAAAAUUUUAUAUUAUCAUUUCGAACAUGUUAUCCAUGCACUUAUAAAUAUAAAAUUGUAAUAAUCAACAAUAAACUGAAAAGUGGCUGUAAUUGAUAGCAAUUGCAAUUAUAUAGAACAAGAAAGUCACUGAACUAAAAAUUCACACGUGUAGAACAAAUCCUGCUCUCUGAAUGUAUCGGAGAACAUUUUAUUUCUAUUAGGUAUGUAUCGUAUUCCUCAUAAUUUUUUUUAAUCAUUUACACUGGGAAAUUGUAUUGUUCAUAUCAGCGUUUUUUUAAGUUUCUAGAAGUCUAGUGAUAACUUCUCAAGGAACUUUUUGUAUCUCGAGCAAUGAGUGAGACGUGCCUGGAAUUUGAAAAAUUUGGCGUCGAAGUGAUUUUCACUGAAGAAAUUCAAGAAAUCAUAUCAGUUUACUAUUAGUAUCAAUAUCGCUCGUUUACUUUUAAUUACUUCGAGAAAGUGCAGCUUGAUAUUUCUUCACUGAUAACCACUGGAUAGUGUAAAAUUUUGUGAUUUUAGUAUUAGUUUCAACAAUAUUAUAUUCCAUUUUAGUAAUUAGGUGAAUUGAAUGCUGCUGUGUUCCAAGUUUUUAUUUUUACACUGUAAUCUAAGUGCCUUUGUCAUGGAGAGUUAAGAGUAAUUUUUCAAAUUAAAGUAAGGUUAUUUUAA